AUGAGUUCUGCGCUGCGGGAAACAAUUUCCAACGCAGUAAGUUCUUUUCAGGAACGACAUGGAAACAAUCAAAAUUCUAACCCACACUUAAAUGACAAGGCAUCUGUACUUGUUGGCACAAAAGUAUUUAGAAAGUUACCUCUUAAUGUCAAAUUGUGUAAGCAAUCAUUGGUUAAAAUAUUAUUUUUGCUGAACAAUGGACGAGAUGAAUUUACAGAGGCUGAGGCCACUGAUGUAUUUUUCGGUGUAACACGCUUGUUUGAGUCAAAUGAUCAUUCCCUACGCAAAUUGAUGUAUUUAGUAAUUAAAAGUAUACGUGUUAGUGAAGCGGAAAGUUUAGUCGUUACUAGUUCACUAACAAAGGAUAUUAAUUCAAAUAAUACGUGCUACAAAGCGAAUGCGAUAAGAACCUUAGGUUGUAUUGUUGAUGGCUCAACUGCUGCUCAAAUUGAUAGACACCUAAAAGCAUCAAUAUUGGACAAAGAUCCAUUUGUCAAAUCUUGUGCUAUAAUUUGCGGGAUACAUAUUUUCGAAUCAAAUAGUGAAAUGGUAAAAAGAUGGACUAAUGAAGUGAUGGAAUGCGUUAAAAGCAAUAACCCAAUGGUACAGUAUCAUGCAUUAACUCUUAUGUUGAAAAUAAGAGGAGGUGACAAAUUAUUAUUAAUAAAGCUAGCAAAUACUUUAAACUCAUAUGUUAGUCCUUACGUGGAAUGCGUGCUUAUAAAAUUUUAUGUAGAUGUAUUGACAAGUGACAUUGGCGAGACUAAUGAAAGGCAAGUAAUUUGCUUUUUGAAAAAUUGCUUACUUAGCGAUUCACUAAUAACAAAAUUGGAGGCUUGUAAAGCAUUUGUAACUAUUGCUACAGAUCAUUAUGAGAAGUUUAAAAAUUUCGAUUUAUUCCCUUAUCACGAUGAGCUAUCCAGCGUCAUAUUGAUACUUAAAUCAUUUAUUACAUCGAAUGAUCGGUUUGUUAUUUUUUCCGGUAUUAAACAAUUGUUUUCAUUAUCACAAAUAAUGUCAAAUUUUGUCGAACCAUUAAAUAACCAAUUAGAGAUGUUACUUAAACAUGAUAAUAGAGCUAUAUCAUCAUUAGCGGUUGGCACAUUACUCAAAACUGGAAGUGAGUCCACUAUUGACAAUUUACUUACACGUGUCGUUGGAGUUUUGCAAGAUUCUUCAGAUGAUUUCAAAUUGGAAGUCGUUAAAGCUGUUGAGCAUUUGUGUAUAGUAUACCCGUCCAAAUGUAAACUUGUGAUAAGCUUUUUGUCUAAAGUAUUCCAAAGUGGCGGCUAUGAAUUCAAAAAUGCAACUGUAAAUUCAAUAAUCAACAUAAUAAACAGUGUGCCCUCUUGUAUGUUAUAUGGGUUGGAUCAUUUAUGUGAGUUUAUUGAAGAUUGUGAUUAUUCGCAUAUAAACAUACAAAUAUUGCAAUUUCUAUCAAAUGUUAUCCCCAAAACACCGGAUCCGUCUUCAUACAUUAGAUACAUUUACAAUCGUUUGAUUCUCGAGAAGUCAGAUGUACGCGCUGCUGUUGUCAGUUGUUUGGCCUUUAUCUCCCUAUCGUGCCCACAUUUGAACAAGGAUCUUUGUGUCAUACUUGCAUGUUGUCUGGAUGAUGUUGACGAGGAGGUUAGGGAGAGGGCCAAGGUUUAUUAUAAAGCUAUACGCGAUUCUGAUACUGUUGAAUUGGGAAAAUUAUUGGAUUUGGAGUUGUCCUAUGAUGUUGCGGCGUUGUCGUCUCAUUUGGAGGAUAGAGUCAGGAAUGGAUUGUGUGGAGACAAAUUUGAUAUUUCCGUUGCUAUAAAACCACCUACUCGAACCUCUACAAAAGAAAGUAAUGAUUCUCAAGUUAUACAACAACAAAUUGAUUAUAAUGAAAUUAUCAGAUCUAUAUUACCAGAACUAAAAGAUUUACAAUUACUUGUUAAAACUAAUCCAACCAAUUUGACUGAAGAUGAAGCUGAUUACGUAGUAUCUGUUGUCAAAUAUAUAUUUGAGAGUCAUAUUUUAUUCGAGUUCUUAGUCGAAAAUACUUUAGAAUUCGAACUUAAAGAUAUAAAUAUAUCACUAACUCCCAUAUCAACUGAACCACUCAACAUCGUUGGCGUGUUGCCAAUAGAUCACCUAAGUUAUGGCCAGCAAGAAUCAUUAUUUGUAUUAGUGAAGUACAACAACAAUUUGACAAUUGGAUGCAGCAGCGAAAAAUAUCUACUGGGAAGCUAUGGUAUUACUCUUUCAUUUAACAUAAUCGAAUCCCAAGAUUAUGACCCAUAUGAUGAUACUUAUACGACAAAUUCUAUGAGUUUAAGAGGAGGAGAUUACUUUACAAGUUGGCAAAUGGACAAAGAUACAUUUAUGGUGGAAUGGGAGGGUAAAGAUUUACAUGAAGAUAUAUCGAAUUAUGGAUUGAGUUUUAAGAGUAUCGAUAAGGCUGUGCCCGGAUUUAUUAAAUUUAUGAAUCUAACAGUAUGCCAUCAAAGCUCAGACAAUUUCCAGAAUUUGUUAUUGGCUGGAAAAUGUCUGGGUACCUGUAAAACACUAGUAAACGCUACUAUUGGAAUGUCAUCUUCUGGUUGCAUUCUCAGGAUGACCGUUAGAUCGCAAAAUAAAAAUGUUAACAAACUUCUACUUUCAUGCAUAGAAUGA